AUGCACCUGCAGGGUGGGUGUGGUGGCAGUCCAGAUACUCCAGGGAUCGGCCGAGGGAUGGACAGGGCGGCAGUGCUGGAACCAGGGCAGCGCAGCUCACAAAAGUAUCUUCUCAAGAACUGCCGUGGAGACACCGUUGAGGCGGGAAAAGACGAUCUUCGGCCGGUAUUGAAGGCAACGGCAACGGGAGCUGGGGAGAUGGCAAAAGUGUGUGGGAGGAGGCGGGGGGUGAGCAACAAAGAAGGCCACGAAGACGAAAGCCGCGAAAGGACGACCGACAUGCCCUUCCGGCUGGGAACAUGGCCCAUGACCAAGGAAUGA